AUGGCACUCCACCAUCUUCGUAGAAACACAUCGGAGACAGAGGAGCACAUGAAUCUUGUCAAACGUGACAUUGAUGCUUCCAAUGAUGCUUCCAAAGCGUUGAGAAGCGAAAACCCCCGCUUUAAUGAGGAGCUCAUCACGGCACCUCUAUUUUCUCUCUCUGCUUGUGAGACUCUGGACACCGACCGUUUGAAUAUUGAGCAACCUCUCAACGGAGAGCAAACGUUCCCGCAAUAUGGACUUCUUGGUAUGCGUAAUCGACCUUCCAGCAACACACUGACACAAGACGAUCUUGUAUACGCCAACGUGUCAGCGCCAUGGUCUGCCUUCAUCUGUGGCAGUCAAGGAAGUGGCAAGAGUCACACCUUGUCCUGUCUGUUGGAGAAUGCACUGAUCGCAUCCUCCCCUGCUGGGACCCUGUCGUCGCCUCUGGCUGGACUUGUCAUUCACUAUGAUAAGUUCACGGCCUUUUCCAGCACGCAGCUGUGCGAGGCAGCCUAUCUUCAUUCCUCAGGCAUCCCUGUUCGAGUUUUGGUAUCGCCAACAAAUUACCUUGCCAUGAAAAAGGCAUACGAAGGACUGGCAGGUGGUUCGAAAAUGUUGAAGGUUCAGCCACUCUACCUGCCCCAGAAGGAUCUAAACAUUGGCAUGAUGAAGACCCUGAUGGGCAUCGGCAGCAGGGCUGAGCAGCCUCUCUACAUUGAGGUCGUUAUGAAGAUUCUUCGCGACAUGGCCAUAGCCAACCAAGGCAAAUCCGACUUCAACUACAGCGCCUUCAAACUUCUUCUCCAGCGCGAACAAUUCGUUAAAGGCCAACUUAUGCCCCUUAAUAUGCGCUUGGAGGUUCUGGAGUCGUUUUUCGAGCCUGGAUCUGUGCCUGGUGCAAGUCCCGAUACCUCAAAGCAACAUGUUGCUGAUGAUAUCUGGAAGUUUCCUCCCGGCAGUUUGACAAUCAUUGAUUUGAGUUGCCCGUUCGUUGGCCAAGAAGAUGCUUGCGCUCUUUUUAAUAUCUCAGUUUCUUUGUUUUUGAAGAACCGCCACGAUACGGGUCGCAUCGUUGCUCUAGAUGAGGCCCAUAAGUUUAUGACUUCCACUUCACCUGAAGCGGCCGAUCUGACAGAGACAUUGCUAUCUGUCGUCCGCCAGCAGCGACAUCUAGCCGCCCGAGUGUUGAUCGCGACACAGGAACCAACACUUGCACCAGCACUGCUUGAACUUUGCAAUGUGACCAUCAUCCAUCGCUUCUCAUCGCCAGCUUGGUUCAAGGCAAUUCAGUCACACAUCGCGGGAGCUGGGAUUGAGAAGAACCCCGACACCAAAGCCUCGUCGGCCAUAUUUCACAAAAUUGUUCGCCUGCCAACUGGAGAGGCUUUGGUAUUUUGUCCAACAGCCCUGUUGGACAUCGCGAAGCACAACGACCAGGAGAAUGAGGAGUUCUCGAGUGCUCCCUCUUCCAGUUGGUCGGAUAUUCCAGAUGGCCGGUCCUCCGCAGACAGCGCUCCGAUUGCGACAACCGACUCGAACUCCCAAGAUGAACCUACUUUGAAUCGCGUGAUUCAACUCGGAACGUCUUACGCCCACAUUCGAGUGCGGAAUAGGAUCACCGUUGACGGAGGUCGCAGCAUGCUUCAGCGUUAA